CGAUGAAUUGUGGCUUGUUUGUGUGUGUAACUAGUCCUUAAGUUACCUGCGAAUUGGGAACCACAUCGACGUGUCUUCUCCACGUAAUGAACGAAGCAGUGCUCGUGCUAUGAUCAAGCUUCGCAGAGCGUUUCCGGCUCGGCGCGCAAGUACGAGGCGUCGUCUCGUGCUCGCCUUCUUUCUUGGCUGUGUUUGGUGGAUAAUCACUUCUGUGCUCUUCGCUGCCCCCAUAACACCGGAAUGGGCCGAGCGCGCCGUGACGCCUGGCGAGCGCGCCGAUGUGGUAAAAGAGGUAUUCAAGUCCGCGUGGGAGGGCUACUACAAGCACGCCUUUCCAAACGACGAGCUCCACCCGCUGCUGAACACCUACGGGAACUCGAGAAAUGGGUGGGGUGCUAGCGCUGUCGAGGCCUUGGGCACGGCAGCAAUCAUGGAAGCCCAGGAUAUUGUGGACACGAUACUGGAUUUUAUCCCCACAAUUGACUUUCAUCGAACAAAGACUCCAGUGAACCUGUUCGAAACCACUAUACGGUACCUUGGAGGCAUGCUCUCUGCAUAUGACCUUCUCACCGGCCCCGUGCACCAUCUAGUCCGCAAGCGUGAACGCGUCGAGCCUCUCCUUGUACAGUCCCAGAAACUAGCAGAAGCUUUGAAGUUUGCAUUUAAAACACCCACCGGCGUGCCAUGGAAGGUCCUGUUUCUUGAAAAGCAGGAGAGCGACGGCAACCCUUCGAACUCUGCCGCGGCUGUUGGCAGCCUUGAGCUUGAGUGGACCCGACUCUCCGAAUUAACCGGGUUGCUGGAGUACAGAACGCUGGUACAGAAGGCGAUGAAACCGAUGCUGAACCCACGACCAAAACGGACGGAGCCGUUUCCCGGCAUCAUCGGAAACUGGAUCAAUGUGAAUACUGGUCAGUUCACAGACGCGUGGGGCUCUUGGGGCCCUGGCGGUGAUUCUUUUUACGAAUACCUGAUCAAAAUGUACGCGUACGACCAGACUAGUUAUGACGUCCAUAAAGACAGAUGGAUCGUGGCAGCAAAGUCGGUUAUGAAUGUCCUGGCCGAAACCCCACGCGGAAGCAACCUAAAAUUCAUCACCACCACUGAUGGGAAAAGCUUGGAUCACCUGUCGUCUCACUUGGAGUGCUUUGCCGGUGGAAAUUUCAUCUUGGCCUCUAAAGUUUUAAAUGACAGCCGAUAUUUGGAUUUUGGCCUGGAACUCACGGAGAGUUGCCAUGAGAUGUACGUACGUACAGCAACUCGAAUCGGACCGGAAAGGAUCGGAUUUUCCCCUGAAGGCUGGCCAAAAAAGCAAAAACAGCAGCUCGAGGACCUGGGCUUCGUGAUAUUAGACCCAAGCUAUCAGCUGCGACCAGAGACAAUGGAGAGCUACUACUACGCGUACCGGGCUACGAAAGACCCAAAAUACCAAGAGUGGGCAUGGGAUACAUUCGUCGCCAUUGUGACCCACACGAAGGUGCGAAACGGCUUCGCGCCAAUUAGUAAUGUUAAUAGGAUAAGAUGGAAUUGGAAAUUCGGCAGGCAAGAAAGCUUUUUCUUCUCCGAGCUGCUCAAGUACGCGUACCUUAUCUUUGCAGAUGAAGCGGAGUAUCAGUUUAACUAUGACGGACUGAACAAUUGGGUCUUCAACACCGAAGGCCACCCACUGAAGGUUACGAGGCCGUGGUAAAUCGAUUGUCUAAUUCGUUGCCACAAACGAUCUAAUCAGAUGUCUUUUGGCGGACAUGGCCUAAUUAGAUUCAACGCAAAUGAAUGAUUUGAUGUAUGCAACAGACUCAGUGAACGAAUAUACUAUGAAAAAAAUGAAUUCGAUUUCC